CGCAGCUCUGUGCAGUCAGUCAGCUCCUCCAGCCUCGCGCGCAUUCCUGUGUGCGCUGCACUGCGCCAUGUCCUCGCGCGCGACAAGCCAAGCGCGCAGUUGGACGUCUCUAUGGCAACCGGACUCCUCUUCCUGCCAGUGCGAGUUCCUGAGCCGCAGUUAAAGCCAGGCGGGGUCGCCAUGCCGCCUCACUGAUGCGCGGCUCUGCUCCUCAGCAGCAAAACACGCGGGAGACUGAAUACUAAUGAGAAGAAGGAAGGAUGGCUCGGUUCGCUGGGCUCGGUUCGGUUCGCUGCUCGCCCCGGCGCGUGCGUGCUGAGUGUUAGCUGCGCUUGUGCGCCACGCUGUCAGGAGGCUCGCGCGUCUUUUCAUUCUGCUAAACAAAACGACGCUAGUGGACAGAAGUGUGUGUGAGUGUGUGUGUGUGAGAGAGAGAGUACUGUGUGUGUGUGUGAGACUGGAGGAUAUGGACCUGUGGGGUUUCUCAGGUUCCGGUUCUUUGGCUGCUCGGCUUGUUUAAGAAGCGGGCAGCAGCCUACCAGUUUAACGCUGAAAACCUCAGAGUCCUCCUGGGCUGAAGGCUGGACAGGAAGAAGGAGAAGUGGAGCUCGCUGCCUGGCGGCACAGAUGUCUGUCAGUUCGAACACAUAACCUGGUUCACUCUUAAUGCGUGGACCGUGUGAUUUUAAGACCACACUAGAGGACGAGUUCUUCAACAUGAACACAGGCACAGAGUGUCCACUGACAGAUUCAGAUAUGUGGUGGCACUACACCGCUGGAGAUGCCCUGAGAAAUGGCAACAUGGCCACUUCCUCUUUGGCAGCUAAAGGAUUCAGAAGUGUCAGGCCCAACCUGCAGGAAAAGAAAUCGCCCACACCGGGCCUUGCUCCUCACAGAGAGAGCUCUCGGCUGCAUCCUGCUGACUGUAAUCCAGGAAAAUUUAGCCUCCAUAAUUAUCCCACACAAUGCCAUGAUGGCCCACUGCUCAUAACACACAGCUCGUUCUCCAGGGGAGCAAUGUCUGCAAGCUCAGAGCAGAACUCAAGAGGCAACCAGUUCUCUGACUCCAACACCAGUGACCCUAAACAGCCUCUCGGCUUUAGUAGUUUCCCCAGUGUACGCGGCCCUGAGAAACCUAGCAUCCAUCCAUCACCUUUAGAUCACCGUAACUCACAGUCCCCAGUUACGCAGAAAAAAAGACAUGUAGCCUGUCUGUCCAUAUGCAUUACACCAAGGCAUCAGACAGAACCCAGAUACACACAGACUCUGUCUCUCAGCCCCCAUUCUCCACCCAAAAGGAUGGACCCUUUGGAUUCCAGAACAGUCAUUCACCCUUCACUGCCCUCUGCAGUCCAACAAGUGCCACUGCUCACCUGCCACUCUCCUCUGUGCCAGGCCUACCCAGGAUCACUGCUGGCCUCCCACUCGUCCCCUAACAGGCCACACUUCUUCACCGACAGCACCUGCUCUAGGGCCUCUGACCAUCAUUCGUAUCCUCUUUCCCACGGGCUUGCCCAUUUCAACUCGGAUCCAUAUCCAGGCCCGAGUGGCUGUUCUUCUCGUGCUCAGAGCGUGUCUUCCACGGCCAUGCUGGAGGAGCUGAGAACGUGCGGAAUAGACUCGGAGGGAGGUUCUGAGACCCCUUCACCCACCCACUGCCAGCUGAACAGUUCCACUGACAACAUGGCGAUAGACAUCCCUACAGCUAGCUCUGCUAAUGGCCAAAUGACUGUGAAUGGAAGUGUGACUGCAGGCCUAAAGAGUCACCUCCAAAGACCCUUCUCCCCUUCCACGUACCCUCCUCUUCCCUCUUUCAGCCCUAGUCUCACAGCCAUGCAGCAGGGCCGGAGCACUCCUGCUGGGUCCAUUUCUCCAGUCUCUGCCACUGUGGGUUCACUGACUUCUAUGCAUGCACCAGAUGAUGAAAGGAGUGGAACAAUGGGCAGACCUCCCCAGUAUUCAGGCAUCGGCCCUGUGGAUGAGUCUGGAAUUCCUAUCGCCACCAGGACUACUGUGGACAGGCCAAAAGACUGGUACAAGACUAUGUUCAAGCAGAUUCAUGUGGUGCAUAAACCAGAGAAGCAUAGUCCAAGUAAUAAUGUCCAGGCACACCCUGCACCUAAGAGCAGUACAUACAGACCCAUAACCAAGAGCAUCUCUGAUAAUGGCACAUGUGGAUUCAAAACAUCCAGCUCCUCUUCCCUCGCAACUUCAUCAUCAGCUCAGCCAAUGUCUCACAACCGUGAUACCCGUCAGAGUGGCAGCAGCACCCCAGACAUGAAUCAGUGGGGUCCUCCAGAUAGAAAAGUGGACACUCGCAAAUACAGAGCCGAGCCCAGGAGUAUCUUUGACUACGAGCCAGGGAAAUCCUCUAUUCUAGAUCAAGAGAAAGCAAAGAGUAACUUAACACCAGAAGAGCUAGCUUUAGAGAAUGAGCCCUGGUAUAAGUUCUUUGCAGAGCUGGAGUUUGGACGGCCGCCUCCUAAAAAACGCCUGGAUUAUGAUCCAGAGAGUGCUCUUCGAAUCCAUAAUGAGGCUUUUCUUUAUCAUCCAUCUGCUGACAGAAGCUUUGAACGGUCCUCAAGUUUUGCCAGUGAUAACAGGACAAGAAGGAAGUCAGAGCCCACAGCCACCCAGUCCAGGCCUCAAAGCUCACUAAGCUCCACCCAGAGCAUUGGAAAACCGUCAGAGACUCCUGCUGCUCACCUUCCUGAACCAGCCAGGACCAGCAGUACCCAGAGAAAGUCCUUAAACCCCCCUUCCACUUCCUCCUUGUCCAGGGCAAAAGGUGGGGAUAUUAGAACAAUGCACUCAACACAUUUAAAUGGUCAAAAUCCAAGCCAUGAUACCUCAUUUGAAAUAGUGGCCUCAUAUGGAAAUAAUGACCAAAAUGAGGACUUAUUCACAACCAAUCUAUCUGCCUCAGAAGACUUAACGAACGGCUGGCAAUCAGAACGAGAGAGUCUAGAGCUCUCUCCUAAGCCGAGAUCCUGGAGCUACGAUGAUCUCCUCUCUGAGAGUCAGGAUAAAGGAACGGGAAAAUGGCCUGAAAACGCUGUAUCAGUGAUGCAGAACGGAGGACAAGAAGUUUUUUCCCACAGUGACGAUAGGAAUUCCGAAGAAUACAAAGACCGCAGUCAAAACUGCUCAGCCCAUAGUGCACCAGGUUUCCUCAAAUUGUACAAGAAGAUGCACCACAUCAACCGGCAAGAGCUUAGCAAUUCACACGUUUGUUCUGUCAAAGCCAGGAUUCAGAAUUAUGAGGGUGAGCAGUACAAGGGCCAUGGCUUGAGCAACAAUGGUUCCAGCAGUGAGAUACCUCAUGAUAUGGUGCACAACAGAAUCUCUGAAUUUGAGAGUUUAAUCCAAAAAUCCAAAUCCAUGCCAAACCUAGACAGUGAUUGCCAGAACACAGGUCCUUCAAGGAAGAUUGCCAACCAAAAUCGCAGCUACUCUAUUGAGUCCUUGCUGGAUGAAGAGUCACCAGCCAGAAAUCCUCCAGAAGGACAGCCACAACACCACAAGAUUCGUGCUAAUGUGCCAAUUCACAUCCAAAUAUCCAACAACCACAUAAGAUGCCCUACUGUUCAGCAAGAUUUCACAGACAGUGAUCACGAUGCUGUUGUGUCCGGUGACUUUAUACAAAUUGAGGGAUCGUCCAACUGCAGUGAGAGUGACUUUGACCACUGCUCCCUUACAUCCUCUGAGAGCUUCUGUGGAUCAGGCCAUCAUCAUCGCUACAACAGGCAGCUAGUGAGUUCCUGCAAAGGCAUGUGCCCAGCCUCCUUCACACGCUUUACUACCCUGAUCAAACACGAGAAGGCCAAGAAAGACCAAAGGCAUCGGCUUCAUGUGGAGGAGUCUGACAUCGGCCUCAGCAAACUGGCCUUUCUGGUCAGUCCAGUACCUUUUCGCAGAAAUAAGAACUCCAGCAUACCAAAAUCCAAGAGGUGCAUGUACAGAGCUCUGGACUCGGCCCUGAAGGACAUCUACGAACACAUUUGCACUGAAAAACGCAGGGGCAGCCUGCCAGAAAACAGCAUCCUCCACAGGCUUCUGGCAGAGCUGCUGCCUGAAGUUCCUGAAAGGAAGUCCUCUCUUCAGGCUCUGGACCAAUCUGGUCCAACCCAGCUUUCCUCUUGCCAUGCCCUGCAUGAUGGCAUGUACAUCCAGGACCAGCCAGAGUACUCCCAUCUGCCCUGCAGUGACUCCUGCCACCACACAGACAACAAGCAGAGAAAACAUAACGCUCUGAGAUGCUCUCAAGAUCAAGACACAUCCAGAGGUUAUUCCUAUCCUGAUGUAGGCCAACAAACUCCACAGAGCAGAAGGCCUACACCCAUCAGAGAGAAACUACCAGCCAGAGCGAUAUACGACUUCAAGGCACUGACAGCAAAAGAGCUUUCAUUCAAUAAAGGGGAGACUGUGUACAUCACUCGGCAGAUAGAUAAUAACUGGUUUGAAGGAGAACAUCGUGGGAAAGUAGGCAUCUUUCCUAUCUCUUAUGUGGAGAAAAUCUCUCUAUCAGACAGACAGCAGCCUGCAAGGCCUCCUCCUCCAGUCCAAAGUACAGAGAUUGGGGAAGCUGUGGCUCGCUACAACUUCAGCGCUGACACUAAUGUGGAGCUUUCUUUAAGAAAGGGUGAGCGUGUUAUAGUGCUGCGACAAGUGGACCAGAACUGGUUCGCAGGAAAGAUCCCUGGGACAAAUAAACAGGGCAUCUUUCCAGUGUCUUAUGUAGACAUCAUCAAGAGAUCUCCUGUGAAAAGUCCUAGCCAGCUGCCAGGAGUUGCACAUAGUUCCUCCAGUGACCGAAUGCACAGCAGGCUAUCAUCUGCACUCCUCAUGACCUGCUCUCCCUCAUCCACUCCCUGCCAGCACACCUCACCCUCGCUCAGCUCCCAGAGAGCAGCUCAUCUACAGGCAGUGACUGGCGAGUGGCUCGCCCUCACCCUUGGCCUUUCUCCCUCAGGCACUCCUGCCCCUACACCUCCUCCUUUACCCUCUAAUUUCCAGCUAGAUUAUGAAAGGCUGGACUCCCCUGCUGCCUCUAGACUGGGCAACUUCCCUUCCCCCACACCAUGCACCCUCACCCCACCACUCAAAGAGGGUCACUUUGUUCCCAUCAGCUCUCCGAAAUCGUACAUGUCACCUGAUCCCAGUCCCUCACCUCAGGCCUACCUCACCUCAGCAUCCUUUACACCAUCCCCUAUCUCCCCCACUUUUGAUUACAGCCCUAAGUGUGGUGGCAGCAUGAUAGAAGUGAACACAAACCUCAAGCCUGGUCUAUUUGAGAAAGAUCAACAUUUUUCACAUAGCUAUGACUUUGAUAAAUUGGACUCAUCCAGCUCUUGCUGCCCAAUUGACCUGGUUGUGUAUGAGCCUGAUGAACAGCCCUCAUCCUCAAAGUUCCCAUUGACCUCCAGAGAAAUUGAGGAGGAUGUGUGUGAAGAACUUGUAUCCAUCAUUCUGGCCAGCCAGGCAAAGCGCCCCGUUGUGGAGACAGCAGAUUUUCAUAGGCAGGAGCUGGAUGCUUCAGAGGGUCUACCCAAACUGUUCAUAGAGGAGGAUCCAAGUGAAGACAGCAGGGAUUGUUCAGAUUCCCACUCAUCAAAUAUCUUCACUCCACUGCACCUGGUUUGUAGUGAGAUGUCAGAAAAUGAGCAGGCUGAAGUUACACAAAGUUCCCCUAUGUCUUCAUCAUCCCCUAUCUCUUCAAAGCCUUUGAGUUCCACACCCCCUGCAUCUCCCAAGUUCUCGUCCCCUACGCCCUGCUCCACCCCUCCACUCCCCGGGGUAUCUCACUCCCCUCCUCCUUCCUCCAAACAGCUUCGUUCCCCCAAGUUUAAGCCUGUGUUAAGGGAUGAUGUUAUGGUUGUCGGUAAGCCCCCGCGUAGCCCUGUGAUGUCUAGGAGGUCCUGUGGAUCGCCUGUUAGAGGGCAAAACUAUUCAGCAUCUCACAGGGUACGAAAACACCGUCCAGCACAGGAUUAUCUGGAAGGUGGUGGAGAACCGUUUCAGGCCCUGUAUACUUACAUGCCACGCAACGAGGAUGAGCUGGAACUGAAAGAAGGAGACAUCGUCGAUGUGAUGGAGAAAUGUGAUGAUGGCUGGUUUGUGGGAACGUCCAGGAGGAGCAAGUGUUUUGGAACCUUCCCUGGAAACUAUGUGAAGAGGCUGUAAGCUGAGCUUCUCUCUGUGUUCUUCUGUCCACUUCUGCUGAUAUGAAGCCACAGAGAGUAGCUGGAGAACGUCACCUGUUUGUCAGCUUCAUCAUGUUAUCAUCAGCCCAAUACUGCAUGAGAAAGUGUGUGGAAACUAGUCUCAUUGGUUUCGGAGCGGCACCUUGUACGUUAGCCGAAGGACUGGAAUCCCUCAAUUCGCAAGCAACUAUAGAGAAAGAUGGAAUUGCAUCAAAGACUUCAAAAGAUGGCUUUUUUCGAUUGCCUAUAUUUUUAACAUUAUUUUUCAUGAAAGAAAAUCGGCACGCCUGCCUUUUAGUAAACUUGAUGAAUUUCAAAGGAAAGAAUUAACAAAGUGCCCUAUUUAUCUUUAUUUAUUGAAAGUCAUAUAGAUAUAUAUAUAUAUAUACAUAUAUAUUUCUUGGUUUGGGGUACAUCGGAAGGUUUAGCGAAGAGAUUAGGAAUGUUCUGCUGUUUUGGAGACGAGGACGAGUGCCCCCGCUAACCCGAACCUGCAGUCUAAUCUAAUCUACACCUGAGUAAGAUACUUCACUACUUUUGGCACGUGCACAAACAAUGUGAUUCAGAAUAAACGCCCUCUGAUUUUCUGCGGUUUCUAUCCCUCCAGACAUUCCUAUAAAUAUCUAAAGGAUUUUAUAAAUGCUUAUGGUAUUUUUAGGUCACAGAAUGUCAUGUUUUAUACAAUUCAUUAACAUUGAUUUUGGAGAGCGUGCGCCGCAUAGCUGAAGUUUAUGCAUCGUAAUGGUAUAAUUUAAUUAAACCACAAUAUUGUCUACUGCCUAAUACUCAUUUUUAAUGCCAUAUAAUAAUGCACACUGUAAUCUCUUAUUUAUAAUUCAACUUGAUAUAUAGCUUUUAUGUAAUAUGGCCAUUUCAAUAUGUAUGAA